AUGAAUACAAAAAUUUUUUUAUAUCCUUUUCAACUUUCUCCUCGUUAUUUACAAUGUAUACCUACUUCUUACAUAGAGGGAAAGCAAAAAUACUUGUUUUUUGUUUUAGAAUACAGCAUUAAAUUUGAGAACAAAAUUCCUGUUACUUACUUACUCGUUCCUGAUGAUAAUUCAGUUUUUGUUAACUAUCUUAAAAAGAAUGGAAUUGAUGUUGAUGAUGCCAAAGCUGAAGAACAAUUAAAUAACUGCUUUUCUACUAACCUUGAUAACCUAAAAUUCAAACCAGAUUUUAUUGUCGGAAAAACAGCGUAUCAAGGAAAGUGCUUUUUAGUUGAAAAGAGAAACAAGACGCCUCUUACUCCUAUUACUUUUCAAGUCAAUAGGUCAACUAAAGUCAGAUUAGAUAAAUUAUUCCCCGGAGGAGGAUAUAAAAAUAGCGCAGGCUAUGCCUAUGAAUUAGAAAUUGAACCACUUUCGCUAGGAAUAGAAGGAAUGUCACCAAUUGCUCGAAUUGUUUUUGUUUUGUUUGAGAAGUAUGCAAAAAAAAAAGGGGCUAUGGAAAACUUUCAAGAAAAAUACGAAAAAUUAAUAUCUAAUAGUGGCUUACAUGAAGUUGGAAAAAACUGCUAUAUAAUUGAAAAAAAUGAAGAUUUAAUUAUUAUUGACUGUGGAAUUAAAUUUUUGAAUAAUGGUUAUAAUUUGGCUAAUGGAAUAAUACCUAAUUUUGCUUAUUUAAAAAACAACAAAGAGAGAAUAAAAGGACUAUUCAUUACCCAUGGACAUGAAGACCAUAUUGGCGGGAUACCUUAUCUUUUAGCAGAAAUUGGUUAUAAUUUUCCGGUUUAUGGUUCAGCUUUUGCUUUGGCUCUGCUGAAAGGAAAACUUGGCAGUAAAGAAAAUUCACUGAAAGGCAUUAUUUUUUCUGAUGAUACAACGGCUCGUACUGCUGAAUUUCGAAUUAGCUUUUUCCGUGUAACUCAUUCAAUACCUGGCUCUUUUGGAUUAAUUGUAGAAACUUCUCGUUCUCGAAUAGUUUUGACUGAAGUAGGAAAAAAAGGAGUUGAUUUAUUGUUGAGUGAUUCCACUAAUGCUGAAGUUCCAGGCACCACUCCUACUGAAAGAAAAAUAGUUUCUCGUUUGGAAGUUAUUAUUUCCCAAGCCCCCGGACGAGUAAUUGUUACUUCUUUUGCUUCUAAUGUUUACCGCUUGAAAAAAAUUAUUGAAAUUGCCAAAAAGUAUGACAAAAAAAUUCUCCUUUUGGGUUCUUCGUUAGCAAAAAUGAUGAAAGCUAUCCAAAAAGUUAGGGAAGCCAAAGCCGUUUUAAGCCGACUGGCUCACCAAAUUCAUCCGGACUGGAAAAUUGUGCGAGGAGAUACGGUGAUUUUGACUUCUUCACCAAUUAUGGAUAACCGUUAUAAUUUAGAGGCAAUUAACAAUAAAUUAAUGGAAUUAGGUGCUUCUAUUUACGAAAAUAGCAAAGAAGAAUUACUUCAUGCUUCAGGACACGCCUGUCAAGAAGAUUUGAAAUUAAUGUUAACUUUGGUUAAGCCUCGCUAUUUUAUGCCUUUUCACGGCGAUUUUCGGAUGUUAAAAGUUCAUGGUGCUUUGGCACAAGAAACAGGGGUUCCGGCUGCCAACGUUUUUGUUUGUCAAAAUGGGGAAGUAAUUCAAGCCAGAGAAGAAGAAACAGAAGCGCCUAAAUUCUUUUUCACUAACCAAAAAGUUGACGCUACUCCUCAUUAUGUUUUCAAUCAAAAAAUUAUUCACGUUCAACAAAAGUUUGAAUUGCCUUAUCUUUUCACUUAUGGCUUUUUGAAUAUGGAAAAAAAUAAAAUUUUGGUGCAUAAUUGGAAAAAAACUCUUCAUAAACUAGUUAACGACGAAAAAAAACUUUCGCUAACUGAAUUAAAAAAGAAAAUUAAGGAAAAGAUGGAGAACCUGCUAUCCCAGGAUUUGCCACAAAAUAAACCAUUAAUCAUUUCCAUAGUGGAAGGUUAUAAAGUUGAAAGCAGCAAAGCAGAAAGUGAAAAACGACCCAAUGUUUUAUUGUUUAUUAUUGGAUUAAAAAAAGAAAAAACUGCUAUCAGAGAAGCUAAAAGGUUAAAUAUUCCAAUUAUGGCAAUCUGUAACACUAGUGCUGAUCCGGACUUAGUUGACUAUGUAAUUCCUGUUAACGCUGUUGCGGAGGUCAUUCGUGAGAGCAAACUCCGAAAGGAUGCUGAAUUAACUGCGGAAGAAAGUAAAUCUCCUGAAGAAGCAAAAAAUUUACACAUCGGGCAUCUAUUUACAAUUUUACAAACUAUUCGUUUUGCCCAAAAAGGAUUUAAAAUACUUUUAGUUUUUGGUGGAGCUACCAGUAAAAUUGGUGAUCCAAGUGAUAAAUUAAAAGAACGACCACAAUUGGCGGAUGAUGAGAUAAAAAAUUACUACCAAAAAAUCGAGGGACAAAUUACUGAUCUUUUGCUGAAAGAAAAAAAGCCUUGCCAACCAGGUUUUCGACCUUUGGAAUUAUUUUACUCUGACAACCCUGUUUUAUUAAAGGAUAUUUAUCAAGUACUAGAGUUAAAUGAAAACGAGCCUUGGAAAAAAUAUCUUCAAUAUAUUUGA